UCGUCUAUAUAAACAUUCGAAACGCCAGCGCUUGCCUCAGUUCCCUACCUCUCCUCUCUUCUUAGAAGAAAUGGAGAAUGCGAUGACAAGGUACAAGGUACCGGCAUUUGGUCAUUGGAACUUCAACUUGUACGAUGACAUCCCAAUCUCCCAGUACUUUGAAUCAGCGAGGGAAUAUGGUCUGAUAAGAGCUCGUUUCUUUGAAGGAGACGGUGAGGAUCUCUUUGAGAUGCUGAGAAGAAAGGGAAAGAAGGGAAGAGAUGGAGCAAGGAAGAAGAGAAACUACAAGAAGGAGAAGGUUUGGAAGCCCAAGCCCGUUGAUGAGGACCUUUACAAGAUACCUCCACAGCUCCUCUAUCAAAUGCCAAAGAAGAAGAAGUUGUGGAAUUUUUGCGCAGGGUGUCGCUGCCUCAACUGCAUUGCAUGACUGGGAAUUAUUGCUAGAGAAGAAGAGAGUAGCUUCCUAGAGAAUGUGUUUAUCUUUCUUGCUUGUGAAAUGAGUGUUGCACACUCUGUUGUGAGAAUGUAUUAUUUCUGAAUUAAGUGAAAUGAAAGAAGCUAUUAGCUACUCAGAAGUGUUUGUUUUCUGAGGGAAAUA